CAAUUUCCAAUUUGCUAAUUACCAGGAAAGGAAAACUCUGAGAAACUGAAACCAGAGGGGAAAGGAGGGCCCCACUGAGCAGCCUGCAGACCCACGGCUGGUCUCCGCCUGGCACCAUGAGCACUCCCCAGCCCUUCUUCACCCGGGCCCAAACCGGCCUGCACUCAAACUCCGAGAUGCUCAAGGAGGAGCACGAGGUGGCCGUGCUGGGGACGCCCCACGGCCCCGCCACCUCCACUUCCACCGUGAUCCACAUCCACAGCGACACCUCCGUGCCCGACCACGUUGUCUGGUCCCUGUUCAACACGCUCUUCCUGAACUGCUGCUGCCUGGGCUUCGUGGCAUUCGCCUACUCCGUGAAGUCUAGGGACAGGAAGAUGGUGGGCGACCUGACCGGGGCCCAGGCCCACGCCUCCACCGCCAAGUGCCUGAACAUCUGGGCCCUGGUCCUCAGCAUCCUUGGGAUCAUUCUGAUGAUCGUCGGCAUGGUGAUCAACUCCCGAAACAUUCACUAGGACCAGAGGCAACAUCGAGGCUGCUGGUGGCUGCCCAGGCCUGUGACCCCCAUGCUCCACCUCACUCCACCUCCCAUACCUGGCC